UCAAGGAAUACGAAAUGGAAAAGGAUUUGCGAUAUCAGGAGGCGUUGCAUAACAUGACGGCAGAGGAGAGGGCGGCGACGGAGCGCAAGAAGGCGGAGAUGGAGGCGAAGCACAAGGAGCACCCGCGGGUCCACCAUCCGGGCUCGAAGAAGCAGUUGGAACAGGUGUGGGAACAACAGGACCAUAUGCCGCGCGAAGAGUUCAAUCCGAAGAUCUUCUUCACUAUGCAUGACGUAAAUGGCGACGGAUUUCUGGAUCCGCAGGAAGUGGAAGCGAUUCUUUCGGUGGAGAUCCGGAAGAUGUAUUCGGAGAAGAACGCGGAGGACGACCCGAACGAGAUGCAGGAGGAGUACCACCGGAUGCGCGAACACAUCUACAAGGAGGCGGACGUGAAUCGGGACGGCCUCAUCUCGAAGAAGGAGUUCCUGGAGUUCACGUCGCGAAUGGAGUUCGAGAAGGACGACGGCUGGAAGGGUUUGGACGAAACGCGCGUUUAUUCGGACGACGAGUUGCGACAAUACGAGCGACAGCGACAACAACAGCAACAGCAGGGACGACACCAUCAACAACAGAUGGCCGACCAGUACGGCGCGUACCAACAGUACGAACCGCAGUACUAUCCGCAGGGCUAUCAUUACCCGCAACAGGGCUUCCAACAGAUGGCGCCAGAACAUUUCGCUCAACAGCAACAAUACGGCCAACAAUACGGGCACCCAAUGGCGGGACAGCAUCCGAUGGGCGGUCAGCCAAUGGGAGGCCAACACCAACAGCCAAUGGGCGGUCAGCAGGCGAUCGGUCAUCAGCCAAUGGGAGGCCACCAACAGCCGAUCGGUCAGCCAAUGGCGGGACAACACCAACAGCCAAUGGGCGGUCAGCAAAUGGGAGGCCACCAACAGCCGAUCGGUCAGCCAAUGGGAGGACAACACCCAAUGGCGGGACAGCAACAGCCAAUGGGCGGUCAGCAGCACUUGCAACAGCCGAACCCAGAACUGCACGCUCAACAGCAGCAACAGAUCCAACACCAGUUCCAACAGCAACAGCAACAGGCGCUGCACGCGGCGCAACAGCAGCAGUUCGGCGGACAACCGCAACAAGUCGUCCAUCAGCAGCCACAGGCGCCAGUUGUCCACAACCAGCAGUUCCAAGCGAUGUCACAACAACCCCUCCAACAGGGGGGCCCUCCUUCACCGCAAUCUCAUUCCAAUCACUAAUCGUGUAAAUAAAGAGUAUUUUCAGAGAUUUUAUUACAAAA